AUGGAAAGCAUAAGAAGUUUAGUAGCAGAGAAACCAGUGGUGAUAUUCAGCAAAAGCAGUUGCUGCAUGAGCCAUUCAAUCCAAACACUGAUCUCAGGGUAUGGUGCAAAUGUGACAGUCUACGAGCUUGACCAGUUGUCUAACGGCCAGGAGGUGGAGAAAGCAUUGGUACAAAUGGGGUGUAAGCCGAGUGUGCCAGCUGUGUUCAUAGGGGAACAGUUAAUCGGUGGUGCUAACCAGGUGAUGACCAUUCAUGUCAAGAACCAACUAGCUGCAUUGCUAAGAAGAGCCGGAGCUAUAUGGGUUUAAAGAUUGAGAAGAAUCUAUAUACUACUUGUUUUGCCUUUUUUCGGGUUUUCGAGUUUCUACUACAAUGCACUGUCAAGUGUAGUAGUCCCACACACACAAACCCUGUUGCUCUAAAGAUCAAGAACUUGUGUAUUAUAAUAAUAUCAUACUUGUUAUAUCAGCAAAUGCUUAUUCAUAACUAACAGAGAAACGUUUGCUUUUUUUUUUUGAUUAAUCUUUGUUUUAACAAAAUGAAAAGGCAUUUUAUUCAAGAGUGGAGAUGUAUUGACUUAUUUCAUUUAUAGAUGAAACGAUUUAAAACGCCAUUAGCA